AUGGAAGCUACAUCUUCCAAAAGACCAAGACAAACCAAAUCAUCCGCCCGCCGUCGGAAGCCUAGAUCUCCAUCACCUCCAUCCAGAUCUCCCUCACCUCCAUCUAGGUCCCCAACACCCCCAGCCGACCCGUCUCAUUUUGGUGCCGUAGCUCACAGAAUCAUUGCUUCGCUCGUCGCCCCUAGAGAGGAGCGAAGCACCAUUACCGCGCUGGAACUUAAAAUCCUUUAUGCAAUGACCCAUCCCGAGAAUAACCUCAUUCCUCAUUAUGGUCGGUUUCUGUGCCACAAGCUCAUCCGCCUUAGUGCAUCCCGAUCGGGAAAGAUUGUUUGCGGGGGUAUUGUCAGCAUGCUCGCCAAGAGCGCCCACAUCCGAGCCCCAUACCCCGGACCCCACCAGCCACUGCCGGGUGAGCCUUAUCUCACCACCACUGUCCUUGAGUCCAUGCGACUCUUCCGCUCGGCAGGCGAUGGUACACACCAUUGGACCGUGGGUCAAAAUCAUGAUCCCAAGCUCCUCAUCACACCAGAAAAUAAAGGCAUUCUUGAUUUCCGAAAUCCCAUUCAUAUGACUGAUUGCGAAGAAAACGAGGAAGAUGGUGAUGAUGAUGAAGAAAAGGAGGAGCCUCACCAUGCUUCUCCCACCGAUGGUGGCAGCUCAUCCCAUUUUGCUGCACCCCCGCCUUAUCAUCAACAAUAUAUGGACGAAUUCCAAUCAAUCCAUACCCGCCUCGACACCUAUCAGCAGGAUAUUACCAGCCUGACCAAGAAUUUUUCCACCUUCACCACCCAGUAUGCUCGGGAUCAAGAGCGUCAACGCAAACAUGAGGAGGACUUCUGGGCUUGGACCCGAAACCCCAACUACUAUCCUCCUCCGUUUUAG